AUGUUUGUCAACAAUGUCGCAAAUCGUGCCAACCCGCGCCUUCCACCCCUUCCACCACUUCCACCCGUAUUUGGACUAGAUGCUUUCGAAAUCGAAAUCCCAGAAAUCCCAGAGACAACAUCUGGACCGGGAUGGUACUGGUUUGGUCGGGGGACAAACGACAAUGAUGUAGCUUCCAAGAGUAUUGCUACAUUACAAAAUAGAAAUGCGCAUCUACGAAGGGAAAAUGGACGAUUGCGGAAUGUAGGUGAAUCGUGGCAAAUGGAAGUCGGACGACUACGAAAUCAAAAUGUCAGACCGGACGGAGAAGCCGAUCGACAAAAUCAGAUUAUCGAGGAACUACGUGGUCAAUUAGCCGAAUUAGGGAGACGAAAUGAGCAACAUACGCAAACUAUUCAAGGACUUAGAGAACAGACAAGGAGGGAGAUCGAUUCACACGCACAAACUAUCCAAGGACUCAAAGAUCAGAUAGCCAAAGCGGGCGAGAAAGAUCAGACGAUUGAGGAACUAAGAGUCCAAAUGUCUGAGGUAAGAAGGGAGAACGAUUUGCAUGCACAAACUAUUCAUGGCCUCAGAGAGAAGGUAGCCAAAGCAGGUGAAAAAGACCAAACAAUGGAGGAACUACGAAUUCAAAUGUCUGAAGUAAGAAUGGAGAAAGACUCACAUGCCCAAACCAUCCAGGAACUCGGGGAGAAAAUAGCCGAACUACUUAACAACCCAACCAUCGACGACCUCCGAACUCAAGUAACCACCCUAUCAGAAACCAUCGAACAAAAAGACCAGGUCAUCAAAAACCUCCACAAGCAAAUAACCAUCCUAACCGAACAACACAGCAAACAAGUAGACGAGCUCCGCGAACGCAUCACCACCAUCUCGAACGAGAACGACGAGCGCGUAAACAUCAUGUCGGAACUGCGCGUCAAACUCACAGAAGAACUUGAAAAAACCAUGAAGCAGGAAUUCACCAUUUCCUCUCUCCGCAAUAACUUGGCCACCGAGGCCGAAAAAUGCGAGACUCAUCGGCUCUGGGCGGAGCGACAACACGAGACGGAAAUGGAAAAGGCGCAGUAUGAGCUAGGCGACUUGAAGGUGCAGAUUGCGACGCUGAAAGUAAGAUUGAAUACCAUGGAGAAGGAGGAGUUGAGGUUGGCGAAGUUGACGGGGGCUCAACAGCCUCCUGGAGGGAAGUGA